AUGUUAUUAACCUGGCUAUUGUCACAAUAUACAUCAUCUAAUAAGAAUAGCAAAGAUUCAACUGAAAUAUAUGCGAUAACUAUAGAUCACAAAUAUAGACCGGAAUCUACCGAGGAAGCAUCCAGAAUAAGUUCCAUUGUCAAACCAUGGGGUAUUAAUCAUGUAAUACGAAGUUUGGAUUAUGAUGUUGAAGAUGUGAAACAAAUUGGUAAUUUUGAAGAAGUGGCAAGAAUGAAACGAUAUGAUGAAUUCAGAAAUGUAUGUCAUUUAUAUGGUAUUCCGGCAUUAUUCAUUGGUCACCAUGCUGACGAUCAAUUGGAAACUUUUAUUCAACGAUUACAAGGAAAUAGUUCAAUAUAUGGUUUAGCUGGAACGAGAAAGAUUUCUAGACUUCCUGUAGCUGAUUUACCACCUUCAGCCAAGCAUGAUCCCGUGUAUGUUUUCAGACCUUUUUGGAAUUUUGAGAAACAAGAAAUUGUGAAUACAUGUAAACAGAACAAUAUUCAAUAUUUUGAUGAUCCAACUAAUCAAGAUAUAAAUCUAACUAGAAGGAAUUAUUUGCGUCAUUUGAUAAACGAAGUAAUUCCUGAACGAAUUCAAUCACAAGGAGGAGACAAACAAUCUCCAUAUUAUUGCAUACAUAAAUCCAACCUUAAGCAGACCCACCAUUUAACCUACGAAUUAGCAGAAUCAUUUGAAGAAAAAGCAUAUGAAUUGAAUGUUCUUUUGCAAAGCAAGAACCAAAUAGUUACAAACCCUCCAUUUGCGUCAUUAAAGGUAACAAUCCCUCGAUGUUUAUUCAUAAAUCCUAAUGAAAUAGUCUUGGCGAGGUUCUUUUAUCAAAUAUUAUACCCAUUUUCGUCAUCAAAGCAUUAUCAUUGGGCAUACGCAAAAUUAGAAAGACAGUUCCUACCAAAAGUAAUUUCCUACUUACAGAAGAAUGAAUCCGGUACUUUAAAGUUAACAAUCAUGAACUGUUGUAUUGAAAUCACAAAUAAUGUUCACACAUCAGAUAUACCCAUGUACAUAUAUCGCUGUCCAAUCACAACGAAAGAGAUUGAGUCCAUUUGCUAUACAAUAGACUUAUCAGCCGAUCAAUGGAGUGAUUGGAAAUUGUUUGAUAGAAGGGUUUGGCUCAGGUUCAAAAACCAAUCGUUAGAUCAAUCAAUCAAGAUUAUCCCAUACUUGAAUAAAAAGCACAAGCCAAUACUAUCGAAAGAUAUAAAACCCCAAAUUACUCAAGCUUGUAAUUCAUUACCUUGUGUGUUAGAUAUUGCCAAGCAGGAAAUCAUCGCUUUUCCCACUUUGAACAUUGGAAACACAAUUGAACUGGAAUGGUCUUUGAAAGAUAACAAAUAUGAAUAUUGUAGAUAUAAGAAGUUGGCAAAGAAGAACAGAGAGAUGGAGAGCUCAAAUAAUUUCAUGUAA